AAGAAGAACUCCAUGCUAAAAUUAUCCGGCUUGAAAAAUAAUUGGAUAUGAAACAAAAAUUGGAGUUGGAGAUUCACCAACUAAAAAGAAAAUUAAAUGUCAUGAAGCACAUGAAAGAUGAUGGAGACUUUGAAGUUUUGAAUGUGACGGAUAUUUUAUAUAACGAAUUAAGAGAUAAGGAACAGUCACUUCGAGAGAUAGGGACAUUGAACCAAGCACUAAUUGUUAAAGAGCGUAAGAGCAAUGAUGAGCUGCAGGAUGCUCGAAAAGUAUUGAUUAGUGGAGUUAAAGACGUGUACUCGUGGCAAUAUUGGUGUGAGGAGAAUGGGGGAACUUGAUAUUAGACCGUUUGUUGAAUUUAUGAGGAAAAGAUAUAAUGAUGAGGAAGCAGAAGAAAGAGCUUUAGAACUGUGUUUAUUGUGGGAAGAGUAUCUUAAGGACCUAGACUGGC